AUGUCAAAUUCCAUUUUCCUCCUCCGGUCUGGGGCACCUGCUGGGCUAAUGGAAGCAGCAGCCAUGUUGAUCACCCAGGCCACAGGGGGGGCUAUAACCCCCGUGUUCGUCAAGGUCGCAGAGCGGAACGCCGUGGUGGUGGGGGUCGACCCCCCCAGCGGCGCCUAUGCGAGCGUGGUGCGGCCCCCUGACAACCCCAACCCGACCUACGCAGGUGUUCAGACGGUGGUCGUGCGCUCGAUCCUACCUCGGGAGCCCCCACAGCACCUCCAGCUGCGCGAUAUCCUUGACGUCUACCUCGGAUCGGGCAUUGACGGCGCCUCGGAGGCAAAGCGGGCGGGCUCGACCUUCACAAAAGCCGCCAAGCUCGCCGUGGAGUUCGCGAAGGAGCAGACGGCCUCGCGGCUGACGCUCGUAAUCAAAACCGCGACAAAAUACGAGAACUUAAACAACGUCUUCGUGAGAUGCGCGACCGAGGUCGCCGAGUCGGCGGGCCUCACAACGGAGGUGCUCCACACUGCAAAGGCCGCGAACGAGCUCGUGAUCUUCCCGGAGAAGUACGGCGUGGUGCUGGUUAACGACAAUCCCAUCUGCGAGAAUGUGCAGCGCGCCUUCGCGGGGGUGGUCGGCGGGGCUCCGGAGAUUUUUUACUUGGAUGGGGGCGACUGCAUCUCUGGUGGGGCGAGCUACCGCUCAAUCGCGCUCGCGGUGGCGCAGGAGUUGGUGAGUUUAGGGAUGCCGCAAGAAGCAGAAAAGGUGCGCGCGGCGGCCGCAAAGGACACGCGCAAGGUAGUGCUUUGA